CGCAGCGUCCGUUUGAGUCAACAUGGCGGCCAGAGGGAGCAGCGGCGGAGCGGAGGAGCGGCGGGACGGAGCGGCGUCCCGGCCCGACAGCAGUAACGGAGGCGCCUCAUUGGCCGCCGCCCCCCGCCACCCUCUCACCCCGUCUCCACGGAAACGGAGCACCAGCCAGUCGGAGACGGAGCCGCCGCUGCUGAGGACCAGCAGGAGAACCAUCUACACCGCCGGCCGGCCGCCCUGGUACAACGUGACGGGGAACACCUUCAAGGAGGCCUUCGUCAUCGGACUGUGCGGAGGCAGCGCCUCCGGUAAGACCACGGUGGCCAAGCGGAUCAUCGAGGCGCUGGACGUCCCCUGGGUCGUUCUUCUCUCCAUGGACUCCUUCUAUAAGGUGCUGAGCGAGGAGGAGCAGGAGGCGGCGGCCAACAGCGAGUACGACUUCGACCGUCCAGACGCCUUCGACUUCCCGCUGCUGCUCAGCGUCCUGAGAAAACUCAAGACGGGCAAGAGCGUCAAGGUCCCGGUGUACGACUACACCACCCACCGCCGGAGGAGGGAGUGGAAAACCCUGUAUGGAGCCACGGUGGUGGUCUUUGAGGGGAUCCUGGCGUUCUCCAACAAGGAGCUGCUGCAGCUGCUGGACAUGAAGGUGUUUGUGGACACGGACUCGGACGUGCGCCUGGUGCGGCGGCUGCAGAGGGACAUCCGCCACCGUGGCCGCCACGUCCCCGGCAUCCUGCGGCAGUACGAGCGCUUCGUCAAGCCGGCCUUCCACGCCUACAUCGAGCCGGCCGUGCAGCUCGCCGACAUCGUGGUUCCCCGAGGAGGAGAAAACUUCGUGGCUCUGGAUCUGAUCGUUCAGCACGUCCACAGCCAGCUGGAGAAGCGUGAGAUCACUGUGAGGUCGGCUCUGGCUUCGUCUCAUCAGGUUCAUUCGUUACCAGAAACUUUGAGUGUGAUGAAGAGAACGCCUCAAGUCCACGGCAUGCACACCAUCAUCAGGAACCGAGAAACGAGUCGAGACGAGUUCAUCUUCUACUCCAACCGCCUGAUGCGCCUGCUGGUGGAACACGCCCUCUCCUUCCUGCCGCUGCAGCCGGUUACCGUGGAGACGCCUCAGGGCGGAGUCUACGACGGGCGGAGGCUGAACGGGAAGCGGAUCACGGGCGUCUCCAUCCUCCGGGCAGGAGAGACGAUGGAACCGGCUCUGACGGCCGUCUGUAAAGACAUCCGGCUGGGGAAGAUCCUGAUCCAGACCAACCACCACACCGGAGAACCCGAGCUGCACUACCUGCGCCUGCCCCGGGACCUGAGUGAGGACUACGUCUUCCUGAUGGACGCCACCGUGUCCACUGGAGCCGCCGCCCUGAUGGCCGUCAGGGUUCUGCUGGACCACGACGUCUCGGAGGGGAAGAUCUUCCUGCUGUCCCUCCUCAUGGCGGAGCUGGGUGUCCAAUCUCUGGCCUACGCCUUCCCCCAGGUCCGCAUCCUCACCACGGCCGUGGACAAGGACGUGAACCGCGAGUUUCACAUCGUGCCGGGGAUCGGGAACUUCGGAGAUCGUUACUUUGGAACCGACGCUCCGUCAGAAGACGUGGACGCCUGAGGAGGAAGAGGAGGAGGAGGAAGAGGAGGAAGAGGAAGAGGAGGAGGAAUCAGGGCUUCCAGCCGUCCUCUCCUCAUGCUAAUGCUAACAUGCUAACACUCGCUCCACCAGGGUUCUGCUGAACAGAAACAGGAUUAACUGAUCCAGGAUCAGUAACUGAUCCAGGAUCAGGUUCCUUAAACAGACCCAGCAGUCGAUCCAGAGUCACUGAUUCACCAUGACGACCAGAGGAACAGGAAGUUCUCCUGGUUCUCCUGGUUCCUCGGUUCUUCUUUGUUUACAGUUUUUCUUCAUAAAUGGAACCGUUAAAGUUCUAAAGGUCACUUCAGGUCAAACGGGACGUCGGAACGUUCCGGCUGCUGCUGUCUCAGAUUUCAAAAUAAAAGUCUGUCUUUGCUGUCGUUGUGAAUUAAAUAAAUCGAUCAACGUUCUGAACGGAACACAACAGAGCGAGGAGUGGAGAACGUUGAAGGAGGUGGUUCUGCUGAUGGAAUCUCCCAGCGGUCAGUGAACGCAUCACAAUGUUCUGCUGGAAUUUCAAAAGACUGGAGGGACACGAGCAGAACGAGUCCGUCGGCCGGUGGAACCUCGGUUCUCCAGGCUGGAGUCAGCAGGAACUGCCACUGUUCCAACGGAACGCUGCUGUUCCUCCUCCAGGGUUCUGCCUCUGAAGGUUCCUCCUCCAGGGUUCUGCCUCUGAAGGUUCCUCCUCCAGGGUUCUGCCUCUGAAGGUUCCUCCUCCAGGGUUCUGCCUCUGAAGGUUCUGCCUCUGAAGGUUCCGCCUCUGAAGGUUCCUCCUCCAGGGUUCUGCCUCUGAAGGUUCUGCCUCUGACGGUUCCUCCUCCAGGGUUCUGCCUCUGAAGGUUCCUCCUCCAGGGUUCUGCCUCUGAAGGUUCCUCCUCCAGGGUUCUGCCUCUGAAGGUUCCUCCUCCAGGGUUCCAGCAGGGUUCCCCGUGCCGAUCAGCAGUUCUUCGUUUGUACAGAAUCAUAAAAAUUGAACUAAAACCAGAAAAGUUUUUGUCAUUUUUAUAAAGUUGCUCAGUUUCUGUUUUGUGACUUUCAAAUAAACCUUCAAUUCAAAUUAAAGAACUUUUUUUUUUAAUUCUG